AUGGACGGUUACCUCAAUAACCUUUCCCUCGAAUACGAAUCUGUCUGGGACACCAAACCAGCUUGGUGUCAGCCAUGGACAAUAGCACUAACAGGGGUUUCAAUUGUUGCUAUUAGUUGGUUGGUUUUUCAAUCUGUUGUUGUUACUUCAGCCAUAUCCCUACUCAUUUUUGCAUGGUGGUACAUCUUUCUUUAUUCUUAUCCCAAGGCUUAUUCAGCUAUGAUUGCUGAGCGCAGAGAAAGGAUUACAGAUGGUGUUGAAGACACGUAUGGUCGUAGGAAGUAG